GGAUCUACAAAGGACACUGCUUUCGGAUCAACCACUUCCCAGAGGACAACGAUUAUGACCACGACAGCUCGGAGUACCUCCUCCGCAUCGUGCGUGCCUCCAGCGUCUUCCCCAUCCUGAGCACCAUCCUGCUCCUGCUCGGCGGGCUCUGCAUCGGCGCCGGCAGGUUCUACAGCCGCAAGAACAACAUCGUGCUCAGCGCCGGCAUCCUCUUCGUGGCC